AUGAGUCGGGGACCUUUCGCGUUUGGCGAUUGACCACAACUGUACUUAUUAAAGCUGAUAUCGGCUGUGUUCUUAGCUUGGUUUGAUCCGCAACUGUUCACCAGUCAGCCGGCUGUUUGCGGCUCUCGUAGGUCGGCAGUCCGAGUCAAAGAAUUUCGGUUGUGCAACUCAACGCGUUUGCGUGUGUAGCGGGUUUGAUCGUUUCUCAGGUUGUUUUCGACCUCUCUGUGUUUUAAAUGGCUCUGGUCACAGCGUUAAAGAGAUUAGCUCAUGUUAGGUUUGGACACUACUCGCUGAGGACGGCGACAGCAGCGUCUGGUUCCUACCGGACUGUCCAGAGGAGCCUCACUAUCGGUACACAACCUCUGAGGUCAGACAACAAGGUGACGGUCCACUUCUUCAACAGAGACGGGGAGAAGAUAACAGUGAAGGGCCCACCUGGAGACUCGCUGCUAGAUGUUGUCAUUAAUGAAGACCUCGACUUUGAUGGCUUUGGAGCGUGUGAGGGAACCCUGGCGUGCUCCACAUGCCAUCUGGUCUUUGACGAAGAAGUCUACAAGAAGUUGGGUCCAAUUACAGACGAGGAGAUGGACAUGCUAGAUUUAGCCUACGGCCUGACUGACACAUCUAGACUGGGUUGCCAGAUCUGUCUGACCAAGUCUCUGGAGGGCAUGGAGGUCCGGGUUCCAGAGAGCGUAGCCGACAUCCGACAGAGCAAAGACGGAUCUUCUUAACGGCGAAGCGGCCGCCGACUGACGUGGAUGUAGACAGUGUGGUUGUGCUAGGUCAGAACCGAGGGUACGAUGGUAGGUAUACACCUCAAUACUGCUGUAUCCGGUCGCCUGCCACAGUAUCGUUUCCUCUUAUUUUUAUAAAAAAAAAAAAUCAAUCCUUGAAAGUGUAAAGACAGCUAGAGCCAGCUCUCAAUAAUAACCAGGACUUAGACUGAAACUGUAAUCUUCAGUUUUAGAGGACAGACUGUAACCAUCAGAGAACCUCUCAGCGCUAGUGAGGAAUUAAUAGUCAAAUAUUUGUCAGAUAUGAGCUCCAAAGUCUGAGAUAAAGCUAUGGUAUCAUAUCAUUAUAAAGUUUGUUAAUCUGUCCUAAUUUAGGCAUUUUCCAUUUGAAUCAUAUUGAGUAAAAUACUUGUAUUUGUCUCUAUGGAGGACAGAAAGUAAUUUAUUAACCAUCAGACUGCAGCCAGUCACUGCUGUCCACACCUAGUUUGUGGCUGUGACUUUGAUUAUCUCUAAGUAUCUUUUUCUUCUCUUGUAUCAAUGAGUUCCACUUGCAUAAGAUUUUUGCAGGGUAUAUAAACAUAUAUAUACAAUCAUUAAGAAUGUUUACAGCAGUCAGAUGUGUUAUCAAAGCUAAAUCCAAACUUCUCUGUGGGUGUAAAUUCAUUGAACAAGGUGAAGGAAAAGGUGCACAGCCCCAUGCAGCCACCAGUUCUGGACGCCUUAGAGACCGUGCUAAUGCUAACACCCCCGUCCCCCCAAAACCAACCAUGUUCUUAUAUUCUACAAAGAUGUUGUUGUUUUUGAUCAGAUAUUUCAUGUAACCAUUUAACUUCAUUAUGUGAUUGUACAUAGCUAGAGUGUGCACACACACAUAUAUCUGUGUAUAGAGUGGAAAAAUAAUGUAAUAAAACAAAUAAUGACCUUUCUAA